GUUCCUGGAGCUUGUUGAAGCAUUUCAGCGCGCUGGAUUCAUUUCUGUUAACUGUGGGAUGUUCGGUGAGCGAUUGGAGACGACAUGGAUCUAAAAUCCGAGCUGCUCAAGUCCAUCUGGUACGCGUUCACCUCGCUGGAGGCUGAGCGCAGCGGCAAAGUGUCCAAGUCCCAGCUGAAGGUGCUGUCUCACAAUUUAUACACAGCUCUGAACAUCCCUCAUGACCCUGUUGCUUUAGAGGAGCAUUUCAAGGAUAAUGACAAUGGACCUGUCUCUGAUCAUGGCUAUAUGCCUUACCUUAACAAAUACAUUCUGGCAAAGGCUACUGAGGGGACAUUUGACAAAGAGACAUUUGAUGAGCUUUGCUGGAUGAUGACUGCUAAGAAGAACUUCAAGCCCAGUGUUCUUCAUGGGGUGUGUUCCCAAAGAGACUGCUUCAAGCUCUUCUGUCUGUUUAACCUGCUUUCUGAGGACCGUUAUCCUCUUGUCAUCAUCCAGCCUGAGCUGGAUUACCUACUGAAGAAGAUCUCCACUGCAAUGAGCCAGGAGUGGGAUGGGAAGGCACUGGAGGAUCUGUUAUCCCAAGAUCCUUUAUUGCAAGAUGGCCUAUCUGUGUGGAUGUUUUUGGAGCAUAUGAGUGCAGGGCACCUUAUGAGGGUUGACAGUACGGAGGCCUUUAGCCUGGCACUGGAUGACAUCUUUAUGGAGAUUUACCACAAUGUACUGAAGAAGGGUUACAUGCUGAAAAAGGGGCAGGUACGUAGAAAUUGGCAUGAGCGCUGGUUUGUGCUUAAGCCAGGCAGCUUGGCCUACUACAUUAGUGAGGACCAGAAAGAGAAAAAGGGAGAGGUCCAGCUGGAUGGAAGCUGUGUGGUAGAGACCAUGCCUGAUAAAGAAGGAAGACGCUGUUUGUUUUGUGUGAAGACUCCUGGCAGGACAUAUGAGAUGAGUGCUCCCGAUCAGAAACAGAGAGUGGAGUGGAUUCAAGCUAUCCAGACAGCACUCCGGCUGAAGACAGAAGGAAAAAGCUCGAUGCAUUAUGAACUAAAGCUGCGCAGACGAGAGCUACGGGAAAACAGUCAGAAAAAUGAGAGCCAGAGCUGCCAAAGUGGUCAGAGAAGCUUGAGCCAGGGCAGCCAAAAUGGUCAGAGAAGCCUGAGCCAGGGCAGCCAGAGUGAACAUGGUACUGAAGUCGAGGAGCACAGCUCUGUGAUUCAACAUGAAGAACCAGACAGUGAGGAACCACAGGAGGAAAUCAUAGACAUCAUUCAGCAACACCUGGAAUUGGAGGUACAGCGCAAAAAGGAUGAUGCAUGGGAGAAAGAGAAGCAGAAGGAGAGGCAGCAGGAGCUGGAAAGACAGCUGGAGGAAGCAAACAAGGCCAGAGAGAACAUGGUGGCUGCACUGGCUAAAAUGGAAAGGUUGGUGCAAGAGCAAAAGAAGAGGUUACAAGAGCUAGAACUUACACAGCAAAAACUGGAGGAGGCACUCAACACACAGAUCCAGGCCCGCUUAGAGGAGGAGAAGGUUCGACAAGAGCUUGAAAGUGUACUGGAGGAAGAAAGAAGGAAACUGUCUGAGUUGAUGUUUCAUCAGAGACAAUUAAAGACUCCUGAUAUUGCAGAAACAGCGCAGCCGAAAACCCAUCAGCCGCAAAAAGACGAGGAUAACAUGCAUCCCCCUGAAUCCUCUAGCUCCCAACUACCACCGUGGUCCUCCCACGUUCUUACAGAACCAGCGGAGAUACAUGAGUACAAUGUGGAGAAAGUAUCUGAGAAUCUUUCUAGAGGCCCACAUAUGAGACAAUGGAACGUCCAGCUCAACCGCCUUAUGAAGCCGAUCACACCAGCAGACAAGAUGGAGCGUCUGACAGUGAGGUCCAACUAUCACAAACAUGGCGAGGCUCUCACCAGCACGGAGUUCAUUCUGAAGUACCAAUCAACUGUCACUGAAACAGAAUCCACCAACAGCCAGUUACGAAAGGGAGAAGAGGAUGUGGGCACACAUGAACCAAUCAGUGCAUCUCAGGUUGAGGAACUGCAAACAAACAGAAAACAGAUUGAGCAGGGCAAAGAUUUUGCCUAGAGAAUCACUGACACAAGCUCACCAAGUAAAAUAUCUGUGAGAUUUGUUAUAAGUAGGAGUCUAACCAUCUGUCAUAAGUGGAGUUAAAUGUAUAGAAAUUGUAGUUAUAGGUACACAACAAUAUACAGUAGUGUUUGCAGAAAUUUUGGUCAUCCAAAGUACAGUGUGUGUGUGUGGGGGGGUGGGGGGUUGAGCAUGGUGUUGCGGUUGACAAAUGCAAACACUCAUUUAUUUACAGGCAUUUCUCUAAAUUCAGACAAUGCAAAUUUUUAGUCUUUGUAGUUGUUAGUCUAAAGUUUUCUUUGUUGUCAAAUCGGGCAGUGGCACUGCCUUAUUGGAAGCUGAUAACCUAUAAGAUAAUUCUAGGAUUGUGUAUGCAACAAUAUAAUUUGCAGAUAAAUAAUGAUGAAAGCACUAAAUUAUGACCCCUGGUUUGCCUAACCUUUUUUUAUUAUUAUUUCUUUUUUUUACUUACUGUAUGUACUUGUUAUUACACCAGUAUAAUCUGAUGCAUGUCAUACACCACAUAUUUCCUGUUUUAUGGUUUAUUAUCUACAUCAGCAUUUUUAACUGCUUGAGUUGUACAGAACAAAUUGAAUUUAGUUCUGUGUGUUUUUCUCCCCUGGGUGAAAUAUAUGAUAAAAUAUAAAAUAUUAUAACACACAAUGCCUGGCCAAAAACAGUAAAAAAGAAGUCGUACUACACGAUUUCAUUCAGCUUUUUCAGCUUUAAUAACGGCAUGUAAUAUAUUGACCAGGUUUUAAUAAUUUUUUCAUAACAGUACAUUUAUACCCAUCUUCUUAGUGGUAUGAUGAUGUCCAAUACUGUGACUCUUCUAAAGCAGCAGCAUUUUUUUUCUAGGCGGUACGGCGUAUCUUAAUUUGUAUUAGUUUAUGAUAAAAUGAUUGAAUUCCA